AAAAGGAAAAUCAGAAUCUGGUGCGGAGAGCGUAGUGAAUGAUACAUACACUAUUCUUCUUCUUCCUCCUCUUCGAAUCUCCUCUUCGACGUCUCUUCUUAGUGUGCGCCGUCUUAAGCUUCCGUGCGCCAACGGCGCACACUCCUAUCCUACGCUCAUCUGUCUUCACCCCCACUGAGAAAGCUUCCUCAGACGUCUCUUGUAGUACUACGAUCGAUCGUAUCGAUCCUGGUUCUCUCGUCGGGAUCUCUGAUUUUAACCAGACGCGGCCGAUGUCGAAAGCUCGUGUUUACACCGACGUCAACGUGAUUCGACCCAAGGAUUAUUGGGAUUACGAGUCGCUCAUUGUUCAAUGGGGGGAGCAAGAUGAUUAUGAGGUAGUAAGGAAGGUCGGUCGUGGCAAAUAUAGUGAAGUUUUCGAAGGUGUAAAUGUGAACAGCAAGGAGAAGUGCAUAAUCAAAAUCCUCAAACCUGUUAAGAAAAAGAAGAUAAGAAGAGAGAUUAAAAUACUCCAGAACCUAUGUGGCGGGCCAAAUAUUGUCAAGCUGCUUGAUGUUGUUAGAGAUCAGCAUUCGAAAACUCCAAGUCUUAUAUUUGAAUAUGUUAACAGUACAGACUUCAAAGUUCUUUAUCCUACAUUGACUGAUUACGACAUCCGUUACUAUAUAUAUGAGCUGUUGAAGGCACUGGACUUCUGCCAUUCACAAGGAAUAAUGCACAGAGAUGUCAAGCCACACAAUGUUAUGAUUGACCAUGAGCUGCGUAAGCUUCGUCUUAUAGAUUGGGGUCUCGCUGAGUUUUACCACCCUGGGAAAGAGUAUAAUGUUCGUGUUGCCUCAAGAUACUUUAAGGGACCGGAACUUCUUGUGGAUUUACAAGACUACGACUACUCAUUGGAUAUGUGGAGCCUUGGUUGUAUGUUUGCUGGGAUGAUAUUCCGUAAGGAACCUUUCUUCUAUGGCCAUGACAAUCAGGAUCAACUAGUGAAAAUCGCCAAGGUUAUUGGGACUGAUGAAUUGAAUGCUUAUCUGAACAAGUAUCAGUUAGAACUUGACCCACAACUCGAAGCACUGGUUGGACGGCAUAGCAGGAAACCUUGGUCCAAAUUCAUCAACGCAGACAAUCAGCAUUUAGUCUCACCCGAGGCAAUUGAUUUUCUAGACAAGCUACUCCGGUAUGAUCAUCAAGACAGAUUAACUGCAAAAGAAGCCAUGGGACACGCUUACUUCGCCCAAGUUAAGGCUGCAGAAACAAGCAGAAUGAGAAGUCAAUGAAACUUAGAGAUCUGUCUGUAAAACUUUGUGGUGAUGACGGUAAGGUUCAUCUUUUCUUCAAAUAUUUUUAAAUAAAGGUGAUGUUUCUUCUACAAUUUGUCCUCAAUUUGAAUGUCUGAAACGUCUUAUAUAUUUUAAAUAUUUUUUCCA